UUCUGCUAUCAAGUAAAGUUGAAAUGCUAAUGCGCUCAGUUCUAGUUGUAUCCCCGAGCAGUAAACUUUAGUAAAGUUGAGAUAAUGGCAUCAAAGGAUAUUACCGCUGCGAUUGCAACAAAGACUGCAGCAGAAAAUGAUGGUCCGAGAGUAGGCGUGCGACACUUGCAAAGCUUCCUUAUAUUCCUCGGUUUCUCGGUGGGGUUUAUGCAACGAACCAAUCUCUCUGUGGCCAUUGUGGCAAUGAUGGACCGGAAUUCAACAAACCCAGAUUUUCCGGAGUAUGACUGGUCGGAGCAAACCAAGUCACUGGUACUAAGCAGCUACUUUUGGGGUUACUUCCUCAUGCAGAUACCAGGCGGUCAGUUGGCGCAGCGAUUCGGCGGCAAAAUAAUGUUGCUCUUCAGUGUUGGUAUUGGUGGCUUUCUUACCAUAUUUACGCCAUUCGGUGCACAAUUGGGGGAUUGGCAAUUUAUUUGCGCAUUGCGAUUUCUGCAAGGCUUCUGUCAAGCUGCCGUAUAUCCUUCAGGUCAAAUUAUAUUAGCUCGAUGGGCGCCACCAGCUGAACGCGGUAUACUUGUAACACUUUGCUUUUCGGGCAUGCAAUUCGGCACAGUCAUAAUAAUGAGCAUUAGUGGCAUAUUAGCCACUUCAAAGUUUGGAUGGCCGAGCAUUUUCUAUGUUUCCGGCGGUUGUGGCAUUAUUUGGUCGUUUAUGUGGCUGUUGUGGGGCGCUGAGUCUCCGCGUCAAUCCAAAUUAAUAACACCCAAGGAGCGAAAUUACAUUGAAUCAGCAUUAGAAGUGCUUUCAAAGAGUGAAAGUAAUACCACCCCAGCAAAGUUGCCCACACCCUGGUUGAGCAUAUUCACAUCCGUGCCAUUUUGGGCACUAAACAUUACACAUUGUGCCUACAAUUGGGGCUAUUGGACAUUACUGACACAAAUACCCUCGUACAUAAAGAAUGUUUUCAAUAAAAAUAUCCAGAGUAAUGCCUUGCUCUCCGCCCUGCCAUAUGCCGCUAAUCUAGUAUUCGGUCUGUGUUUCUGUGCCCUUGGUCAGGUACUGCUGUCAAAGAAAGUUUUCAGCACGAAUGCUAGUCGUAAGAUUUUCAACACGAUCGGCAUGUGGAUACCGAUGGCGGCCACAAUUCCGCUGGCAUUUGUUGAUGCCAAUAGUUCUGAUUUGGCUGUUAUCUUACUAACGUUGUCUUUGGGCAUCAAUUCAGCUGUAUUUAUAGGUUUUUUUGUGAAUUACAUUGAGUUAUCACCAAAUUUCGCCGCAACAUUGAUGGGUAUUACAAAUUUUGGGGCUACGUUGAUGAGCAUGAUUGGCCCGUUAGUUGUUGGAGUCGUUGUGACAGACACGACAAACCCAAAUCAGUGGCGCAUAAUAUUUUACACUAUGGUAUUUUCCUAUUUUAUUGGCAACUUACUGUUUAUAACUCUGGGUGGCACUAAAGUGCAACCAUGGAACGAGCCGGUGAAACGGAACGCAAACCGUGUUCAACAAACUGGUGAAUGACGAAAGCAUCUACAAUAUA